CCCCCGCUGGACAGUCGUGAGAGUCUCAACAUACGCCACCAUGGGAUACAAACCCUUCCGAUCGACCUACUAUGACGACCGCAUGCGCGCCUCGCCGGCCCUGCUGCGAGCGCGAGCUCCGUACCUAAUCAAAAACACCAUCACCGGCUUCGUUAUCUGCUCGCUAGUUAUUGGAAUCUACACAUACACCAUCAACGCCAUUUCACAGGAUGAGUUCGACGAUGUCAUCGUGCCCGAUGAGCCCUUGCAGCGACCGGCGCAGCAACCGCUAGGCACCACACAAGCCCUUCAGCAAGCCGUCGAUGCUCGGAAGUAGAAAACGAACAUGUCAACUGUAUAUUGGUGUACAAAGAUAUGUAUGCAUUGGGCUGGCGUAUUUGGACAUGAUUCAGGAAAUAUCACUUUUUCACUAUUAGCGGUCGUCAUCGCUAGUCACCCUUAGUCCAUAAAGUACUUCUCACUGUGCUCUCGUACAAUCGCGUGAAGAGGUGCGGUGUCACUUACAGUCUCCU